CCCGGGCGCAGCGGGGACCCCCUCUCCCGGCGCCGCCGCCGCCGCCACCCGGCAGCGCUGGCGCCCUCGGCGCGGAGCCCCGCCCGCCCCGCGGCCUCCCCCGCCGUGUCCUAGCGACGCCCGGGGACGCGGCCGGCAGCGCCGGGACCGCGGGCAGGGCCAGGCCCCUCACGGCCGCCCCUCGGCCCGCCGCCGCCAUGAGCGGCCCGCCGCCGGGAUUUCUUGCAACCUACAAUAGCCUUACAGACAAACACCUGGUUGGAUAUUUCAGCAAUACCAGGAUAAGACGGCAUCUUCAGAGAUCAGGACUGAUCUCAAGGAGUGGAAGAAUAAUAUCUGAGAAAGAGUACCGACUAAAUGCUAUGAGGAGGGAGCACCAACAAUACGUACAGGAGUGCCUGGCUCGGGCCAUAUUUCAUAAGGUCCUUGACAUGGAGCGUCAUCAUCAGCUGGAAAUAAAAAGGAAACUUGAAAAUUCUUUGGGGAAGGAGAGGGUGCAGCAAAUCAAGGUGGAACAAUCCAGAAGAUCAGUGGAAGAUGCCAGACCUACGCGGUCCCCACAUCCACCCCUUGGUCCAAGAAAUCAUUAUGGGCUCCAGCCUUCAGUGGCUGGAGAACCAACCGGUCACUCACAACUGAUUGAAGGGAGACUUCCAGUCCUGAGUGACCGUCUGCCCCCCAUACAGAGGGCACCUGGACCUCUAGUUGAUUAUGCUGGUGGACACCCUUCUCAUCAACGCCGAUGCAAGGAACCUGUCUUUUCUAAGACGACUUCCUGGCGACCAAAUACAGCUCCAGGAAAUAUGCAAUACCCACUUCGACUCCAACCACUUCGCAGCUGUGCUGUAGUAGGGUCUAUACCAAAGACUUCAAGCUCUAAACAGAAGUGCCACACACUUGAACAUGAUCAGCAGUUUGCCACUGGGGGGGAGAGGAGUGGGUUAAGACUUAUGAAUUCAAUGGAAUAUGUGACUGGUAUAUCCCCAUAUCAACUCCCCGUCAUUAACAAUUAUGUGGUACCGGUGCCACCUCCGCCCCUGCAAAAAGGAGAUAAGAAUGUAAAUGCAGUGAGAAAUGGGAUGCCCAGAGGGAGACGAUUUCGUCCCACCACUGCACCAAAUGGCUUAGAGCAACUUUUAACAAAGAAUUCUGGAGGAUUCCCGAAGUCCUCGUUACGCAGCAACGCAUUUGUUACCAUGGUCUUUCUAGGAAAAAGUGUGCAUUUAUCUCACAAUGACGCUGAUUACAGAGAUGAAAUCAAAGUCUAUCAGCAGCAUUGUGGAGGAGAAAACCUUUGUGUCUACAAAGGGAAGCUAUUGGAAGGAGAAGCCUUUCAGUUCGUCUCAAAGAGGCACCAUGGUUUCCCGUUCAGCCUCACCUUUUUUCUCAAUGGGAUACAAGUGGACAGGUUGAGCUGUUGCUGUGAGUACAAACAUCAGAAGCGUUCCAGGCUGGGAGGCAGACAUGGAUACUUCGGGUUUCUUAAUGUGGAGGGAGCAUCUCCUUGCUACAGGUGCAUUAUUGCAAUGGGUCUGGACAAAAAGCCAUCCCCUCCCAAGAGAAAGAUGGAGGACCAUGAGGAAAAGCAUGUGGGUUCCUGGAGAGAUGGAGUGCGCAGUGAGCCAAGUAAAAGCAGUGUUGAGCAGAAACCAAGCAAAGAUUCAGUGUUAGUCAUCUUACCAGGUCAUGAAGCGAGUGUGGACACUAUUGAGGACAAAAUGGAGACCGGACAGGAGUACAGAAAAGAAGAAAGGAAAAAACUGUCUGAUCGUGAGAGUGAAGAUAGUCAGGAAGACACCGGUAAAAAUGAGUAUGAUGAAGAUUUUGAAGCAGAUGAAGAAGUUAAAGAAGAGCGACAGAUGGGUGAUCAAAUGAAUGGAAUGUCAAAGUCAUCCUCAGAUGAUAAAGAACAUAAUUUAGACUAUGAAAAGGACAGUAAAACCUCAUCACAAAAGGCACUGCAGGCCUCUGACAGCGAGAAAGAUGGAAGUGAUGGAUAUUCUGACAGUGAGUCAGAGGAUGAUAAACAAGGUGGGAGGUCUGCACACUCUCUCUCAUCCAUCAGCACCCAGGAUAGCAGUGAAGAUGACUCUCAUGCUGGAACGAUGAAAGACAAUGUUAAGGGCAAAGGGGAGUAUGAUAUCAAAAGGACAUCUGAUAACGCAGCACAUGCACAAUAUGGAAAUGAGAAUGGGGAGAAUAAACUGCUCAGAAUGGGAGAAAAUCAGGAAACUUUUGCACUGGAAAAGGAAGGAAUAGAUGAAGCAGAAAAGGCAAAACCAGAAGAUCUAACAGCAAGGGAAGAUACUGGAAUUUUUCAUGAAAAUAUAAUAGAAAUACAGCAUCAAAGUCCUGAAGUUAAUGGGGAACUCAAACAGGCUGGGUCAGUAGAAAGUGACAUAGGGGAAGAUGGGGAUAAGAAUGCAAGUACCAGGAGGGAUGAUGGGCAGGAAAGUCCUCUAGUGCCUUUGGAAAGCAAUACGAUGGAAGCGGAGGACAGCAAUGAAGAGUGUCCUCAGAGUGACGAAGGAGGUGUUUUUGACGAUUGCAAGCCAGACCAGGAGGAAACGGCAAAGGCAAUUGGAAAUGAUCGUCAGGUGAAUUCUGAACCUGAACCUGAACCUAAUGAUUCCUGUGCAGAUGAGGAAGAAGAGGACGUAGCAAGUACAGAGCAUGACGCCAGUGAAGCACCAGAUGGAGCUUUCCUGGCAGAAGGAACAAGAACACUUGAUGUGCAGAAGGCAGCAGAACAAGUGGUACGAGAAGGGCAGAUGGUAGGGGAGAGACAAGCACUUGAGAAGGAAGAUUUUGUUGCCGAGGGAGGAGAUGCUCGCGCCGAAGAGGCAGGAGAAGAAAUGGCACGGGUGGGAGAUUUGCUGCCCGGGGAAGAGACGGUGGCGGUGCUGCAGGCAGGGGGUCAGCUUGCGCUGGAGGAAUCCGCACCUGAGGAGAGUGCCACGGCAGAAGAAGAUCCCAGGGGAAAGGGGACAGGGAAGGGAACGGAGCCUGGCGCAGAGGUGGCACCUGGGGAGCAGGAGGUUCUGAUGGAGGGGACGGAGAGAGAGGCAGCACUGGGAGAGCAGGCGCCUGGGGGAGAGGAGCCGUCAGGGGCACUGCUAGGCGGGGAGGCAGGCGGAGCGGUGUCCGAGGGGCAGGAGGCGGCUGGGGAGGUCUCUGAGGGAGAAGAGGCUGCGGAGGAGGCCUCCGAGGAGGAGGAGGCUGUGGGAGCAACAGGGCCGCCGGUGAAGGAGAUGGUAGGUGAGACGGUGUCUGAGGGAGAGGAGGCCGUGGAGGAGGGGGGUUCUGCGGGGAAGGGCGUUAUGGCGGGUGCUGUGUCUGAGGGAGAGGAGGCUGUGCAGGAUGCGAACUCGGCAGAAGAAGGGAUUGCUGGGGUGGUUGGCCCUCAAGGAGAAGAGGCUGUAGAGGAAGCCAUUUCUGAAGGGAAGGAGGCUGUGGAGAAGCCUGGAGCUCUCCCGGAAACAUUAGGGGAUACGAGUGUUUGCGCAGGAGAAGCAAUGCCUGGAGGAGAAGACUUUGUAAAGCCAAAUGAGUUUUCCCAGCUGAAAGCAGCAGGGGAAGAGCGGAUGGAGAUGGGGAGAGCUGCCAUAGGAGCAGCAACAUCUGAGACUGGCAAGGCGUCAGAGGUAGAAGGGAACUCUCUGCUGAGGGCAGAGGACGCAGCGGAGGAGUCUGUGGAGCCUGGCAAGGGUCCCGUGUUGCAAGUAGCACCUGGAUUAGAGGCACUGGUGGGUGCUGGAGGGGAUCCCGUAAGUGAAGGGUCAUCUUGGUUGGAGGAGACCGCAACAGUGGAGAAGGAGGAGGGCUCAGCAGAAGCACUUUUGGGUGGAAACCCAUCUCUGGGCAGCAAAGCAAAGACAGAGAGCCCAGUGGAAGAAAAACCCGAUGGAGAGGUGAUGGAAGUAUCUGCAGAGAAAGCCAGAGCGGGGUCAGGAGUUGAGGGGGAGGUCACGUGUGGAGCCGCAGGCCCCAGGGAGGUGGCAGCUGGGAUGGAGGGAUCGCUGGAGGGAGCGGCAGGGGAGCCGGCACUGGCGGGGGCAGCAGCGGGGCAGGAGGUGGUGGCUGGGGACAGCGGGGAUGUUGUAAACCCAGAUGCAGUUGUCGUGCCCUCGGUACAGCCCCAGGAUGGGGAAGAAACUUUCCUUUAA